CACUCGCGUAUAACCGUCGAACCUGUUAUAAAUGCUUCUAAGUAACUUCCGCGUGUUUCUGUUUAAAAAUGCUUGCGACUCACGUGUCGGUGACAUACGAGUGUUCUGAUUGACUACGUCACCUCCUGUCGAUGUUGAGCCAAUACCAGAAAAUAGAGCAUCUUUCAAUUACUGAGGGUUAAAGUAUUGUUUGCUUGACUGUCUAUUUAGCGUUGAAUCGUUUCGCGAUGGGCGACUCUGACGACGAGUACGAUAGAAAGAGAAGAGACAAAUUUAGGGGAGAGAGGACAGAGUCUUAUUCCAGAGAAGGCCGUCGAGAUGACAGACGAAGGGACGAUUGGGUCGACAGAGAGUGGUCCAAUAGACCCAGACAGCGUCCGGAUUACAGGGAGUACCGUGGUGGUGGUGGUGGAGGACGUGACAGGUAUAGCCCUGCCAGGUCCCAAGAGAUGGCCCCUCCCAUGAAAAGAAUGAGAGCAGACUGGGAAGAUCGACCUAGAUACGGGCACGAUUACUACAGCGGGGGUGGCGGCGGUGGUGCAACUUCCUGGGGUCCCGAUCAUUACCCGCCACCUCAUCAUGGAAAUCAUCACUAUGGAAACCACGGCAACAGUAGCAGCCGAGAGGUAGCCGGUAAUUUCAGCAAUUCCAAUGUCGAAACGCAACCGCCGAUGAUGUCUUUCAAAGCGUUUCUGGGAACGCAAGAAGAUUCGAUCACGGACGAAGAAGCUAUUAAACUUUAUAACGAGUAUAAGUUGGAAUUCAGGAGGCAACAGUUGAACGAAUUCUUCGUUGCGCACAAGGACGAGGAAUGGUUCAAAAUAAAGUAUCAUCCGGAAGAGUCGGUCAAGAGAAAGGAGGAACAAGUGGCGGGACUUAAGAAACGCGUUGAAGUGUUCUUGGAAAUGCUCGAAAGUGGAGAGAUAGACAAGGUUUCAGUGGACGCCGACCAAGCCGAUGUCUUGUUACAUCUGUUAGACGCGGUGGUUAUUAAAUUGGAGGGUGGCACCGAGGAGGAUUUACAAAUUCUGGACUCGAAACCGACGAACACGAUUAUACCUAAAGAGGCGAUCAAGGAAAAGGAGGAGCAGAGGAACAAAGCUGGGGCUGAUAAGAAAACUGAUAACAGUGACGAAACUAAGCCAGUGGAUGAAAUCAGCCGGACUGAGAAGAACACGAAGAAUGAACAAAACGCAGAAUCCGAGGUAAAGGCAAAAAACGAAACCUCGUUAGAAGAGACAAAGAAACCAGACGAGAGCCUAGAAGAAACGACGAAAGAAGAAGAUGUCGACAGCACUGUGGAAAAAACAGAAGAAGUCAACACUAAGAAGAGGAAACGAACUGAGAGCAACAGCAGCAGCAGUAGCAGCAGUAGCAGCAGUAGUUCCUCUGGUUCCGACAGUAACAAACCCGAUACGCCAAAAACGGAAACUCAGCCGGCCGAGAAGAUGGAUACUAACAACGAGAACGCGGACGCACAGGAGAUCAAAGAAGAUGAUCAAGAGACAAAAGAGAAAACCGAACAGCCUGAGGCUAAAAAAUCCGCAAUGGAACCGGAAGCGGUGAUCGAUCUAGCUAGCGAGGAUAAAGAAAAGGAACCUAGAGCUUUGCACAAGACCAGCAGCAUCUUCCUUCGCAAUCUGGCGCCUACGAUAACGAAAGCGGAAGUCGAAGCGAUGUGCAAACGCUUCCCUGGAUUUCUAAGAGUCGCCAUAGCUGAUCCUCAACCGGAACGCAGAUGGUUUCGAAGGGGUUGGGUCUCUUUCGAGAGACAAGUGAACAUAAAAGAGAUAUGCUGGAGUUUGAACAACAUUCGAUUACGGGACUGCGAGCUCGGAGCCAUAGUGAACCGAGAUUUAUCGCGACGCAUUCGUACAGUGAACGGCAUAACGUCUCACAAGCAAAUUGUUAGACACGAUAUCAAGCUGAGCGCUAAGAUCGUACACAAUUUAGAUAGCAGAGUUGGCCUCUGGAACGAAGAAAAGAAAGACGAGAACGCGGGUAAACACGAAGAGGACAAUAAGGAAAAUAAGAGCACGCAAAAUGCACGCGAUUUGGAACAAGCUGCAUUUGGACUGUCAUCGAAGAAUCCAGUAUUGAAGAACAUAACGGACUACCUGAUAGAAGAGGCAUCAGCCGAAGAGGAGGAACUGUUAGGGAUGUCCGGAGACCAGGAAGAAGGUCAAUUGGGAGGUGACGGAGACGGCCCGAUCGAGAGAGAGCCGACUCUUAUCAAGGUGUUGGACAGAUUGAUACUGUAUUUACGAGUAGUUCAUUCGGUCGAUUACUAUAAUCAUUGCGAGUACCCGAACGAAGACGAAAUGCCAAACAGGUGCGGCAUAAUGCACGUUAGAGGAUCUCCUCCGACUGCUAAAGUCUCCAACACGGAAUUAUCGGAAUACUGCCGCAAUUUCGAAAAUAAAAUGGCGGCGUUCUUGCAACCGAUCGCGACCCUGUCUCAAGAGGAAUUCGACAAGCUGGGCGCUAAAAACGCCGAAGCUGAGGUUGAAAAGUUUGUAAAAGCGAAUACCCAAGAGUUGUCGAAAGACAAGUGGCUGUGCCCGCUCAGUGGGAAGAAGUUCAAAGGACCGGACUUCAUCCGAAAGCAUAUAUUCAACAAACACGCAGAGAAGGUGGCAGAGGUUAAAGCGGAAGCCGAGUACUUUAACAAUUAUUUGAAAGAUCCGAAAAGGCCUCAACUUCCCGAACAUCCCGGGAACAAAGCGCCCGCGAGGGAGAAUCUUCGCGAAGGAUUUACUCCUUAUGGGUGCAACACAUUCGGUGGCUACGGAGGGGGCUACGGUGGCAGCAGAGGAGGAUACGGAUCGAGUUACGGUGGAGGUUUCGGUGGAGGUUUUGGAAUGCCUCGUUCCAAUCGCGGCGGAUUCAACAGAGGACGUGGCGGUGGAGGAGACUUUCGUCCAGUUAUUCACUACCGCGACCUCGAUGCGCCGAGAGAACCGGACGAAUUCCUCUAAAGUGUAUCUCGACGGUUAAACGGUUCAAGAGGAAACAGGGAGAAAAUAAUUAAUCGCACGGUCCGUUUCGUUCUUUAACAAAAAGAUGGACGAUCUUGGGACGUGCGUCUUAUAUAUUUGUACAUACCUAUCGAAUCAUUUUGCCUUCUACUUCAAUCGUAAGAGACAGGGCAAAGUUUUCGCGAAUGUAUUGUAACAUCGCAUAAGUAUACCUAUAUGUAUCUAAAAACAGACUUUAUACAAUUAUUGGCAGUAGUCGAUUGUAUACAAAAAUAUACGUAGGUGUAAAUUUCAACUCUGAUCGCCGUCGCGUAUGUACAUGCAUUAUUAGAAUGAUAUACAUUGAAAAGUAAAGAUUUCCUAUUUAGUAACAACGUCGAUCUCUUGCAUCUUAUGCGUAUUAGCUCCAAGUAAAUAUCCUAUUAGAUGUAACAGUCAAUGUUUGUAAUCAAUCGUCAUAUGGUACAAUAAAAAUAUAUACUAUUUCCUAAUUA